AUGGAUAAAGACAAUGAACACAAGGAAGAAAUCGGCGACAAAACAAAGCAGCCACCGACAGAAGAAGAAGAGAGAUUGGUCGAAUCUGGUGAAGCUUUGAAAGAUGCAGCUGAAACUACUCAUGAUACGAAGGAAGGUGAAACGCAAGGUAUACUCGACAAUAUGGGGGAGAAAAUCAGUGGAGCGAGGAACGACGUUCGUUUCGCAUUUUUCUACUGA